AUGUUCGUCACUCUCUUCCUCGUUUCAUCCUUUCUGGUCGACAUUUGCGAGCUUGCUGCUGCUCCUGCAGACACCACUACCAAGGCCAGCAACCACACAUCAUCACAGCAACAACAACAACAACAACAACAACAACAACAACAACAACAACAACAACAACAACAACCACCGCCGGUUACAUUCACCCCUGAGUGGCCCACGCCAUUCGAAGAAACGUGGGAAUUGGAAACGUGA